GUCAAUUAAUCCUAGGAACCAACUGAUUUGUCCCAUCUUUCCCCCGCAACAAUCGUCAUCCAUGUACAAUGGUGCCUAUUGUCGUUACCACAUCAUGUUGCACUCCGCCACAAGCGAGUUCCGAUUGAAGCCAUUCGUCGACUCUGUCCCCGACAAUGUUGGAAAAGGGGCAUACUAUUCAGGUUUCAGUUUCAUUGUUCCGACGGGAACCACAGGCGGUAAUGGCGGAGAAGGAGGAGGAAGGUGUGACUACGAUCACGAGGCGGAUGCUUCCCGGCAGUAUAGUCGGCGCCGGUGGUGGGUUGAUUCCUCAACUGACACAGAACUUGGGAAAGAGGUGAAAUGCGCUGGAGAUCAAAUUUUGGCGAAAUGGAUGAGAUUUUGAAAUUUGAGUAUGGAAAUCCUUUGGAAGACACAAAGACGACACCUACCAUUGCAAUUAACACCUCCCUAGUUCCCACUGUUUGUGUCCUCUGAUUCUCCCUGCCAUCGAAAUCAAAUCCCAGCAGCGUCGUUCCCUUAUCCCCCUCGCAGGAAUCAACUCUCCGUCGUCGUCUGUCCAAGGUGUGAAUCAACAAAGGUGCAUUCAAUCUACAUGAAAAGUUUGAAAUCGCCGUCGACGGUGGAAAUCAAUGACGGUCGGUGGCUGGCAGUGGGAAUCGGUGGCUGACAGGCAACAGUGGACAAUGGCGACUAGGUGAUAGUGAUGGAGUGUGGAUUAAGUUUUUUAAUGGGUUUGUUAAAAUGAAUACAUGCUAAAAAU